UAUGUACAAGGUGGGUAGGACAUGCCAUGCACCUAUCUGCUGCAAACAUGGUAGGCCCGUUUUGCUGGUACGACCCACGCCGUGAAAGAGACUUGAGGCAGAAAUGUGGUACCUGUGCGACCAUGGCAUGUGGCCAGCCUGUUUGAGCAUCGUUGCAUGUUGUUUCAAGCGGCCAAUUGGGAAUUUCGCAUACGCCGUCUCAGCCCGCGCGCGGAGUGUAUCUUUAGUCAUACAAGGUCUCGGGUUGCGUCGCGUCACAAUCCCAGCUCGAACGUUUUCGAUGACGCUGUCCAGUGACGCGUCACAACAGAGUCCAGUGCCACCAAAUAUACCAGUAAAAGGUAGGUAUGGGAAAGUCAGUCCCUUGAAGCAGUUUGGUGUGAUGCCCACCGAGGGUGACUACCUGCUGCAGUCGGACGACUUGUACAACAUCCACUGGCUCGAGGGUAGGUUUUGCGCCCGAAUGGCCGAUCACACGAUUAUGUAUUGCCUGCGCAAGGCAGCAACGGCUAGCAGCUGUUAUGUAUCCUUAUGCACGUGGAAUAUGUUUGCUAUCCAUGAGGAUCGCCGCAACAUUCAUCCCUCCAUUGGGGAACAUGGGUUCUUUGAAAUGCAUAUCACACCACUAUCAGUGGCUCAUAGCUGCUCAGGAAAGCAGCCUUUAGUAACAAAUCGCCCAGAUAUGGCUCUGCAAAUGAGAAUGAUUCAAAGCUCAUCCUGAUGGUUAAGCCGGUGAUCAAGAUAUUACUUGCCAGGGCAAAGUAACGUAGACCCGCAGCAAAAGAAAAAAGAAGAAGUUGAUGCUCAUUUAAUUGACAUGCUCACUAGUUGAUCAUAUUAGUCUAAUUGGACGCAAAUGAAAGCAACAAAAACACCAUG